AUGGAUACCACCGCUUACUUGAAACGCCAAGGAUGGAAGGGCGAUGGCCACUCCCUGGACCAUAGUGGACGCGGCAUACGGAAGCCCUUGCUCGUGAGCAAGAAAAUCGAUGUUCUUGGUCUUGGAUUGAACAAACAUGCCGCAGUCUCAGAUCAGUGGUGGAUGCGAGCGUUCGACGAAGGAUUGAAAAGCUUAGGAUCUGGCAAGGAUACUGCGUUGGCAAAUGUCCAAAAGCACGGUAUUCACCAUGGGAGCCUUUACGCUCGAUUUGUGAAGGGAGAGGGCGUUGCCGGCACCAUCGGG